GCUGCUAUUGUUUUCAUUGAUUUAAACUAAGAAAGAAAACUAGAUUGUUACAACAAAAGAAUUAUCGUUAUAACUUAUAGAACUCAUUUUUCCGAAGUAAGAGAAAACAAUGAUAAAAUAUAAAUAUUAAACAAAAGUAGCGUUGGUUAUAUCUAUAUAUGAUCAGAUGCUCUGCUCCUCUAGUCUUGUUUAAGAAUGGGCAAUCUCUGCUCCUUCUGCCUACCUUGUCAAAGUGUAAAAAACAAAAUAAAACUUUCUCAACGGUUUUCAGAAACACCUAAUGCAGUUUGUGGAAUAGAGGAGGAUGUAGGACUAGGAGAAGGAUUAUUAGAAACGCAAUUAUAUUCUAAUGAGGAAACAAUUGUUCAGGCCCCUGUCCACCCAUCAAUAUCUCUCAAGUUUGACGGGAUGAUUGUGAAGGAUUUAUCCAACUCUGGUUCUAGUUCUACCUCUAGGACGGAGAAGAAGAGUUUAGCUCUCAAACUCUCCGGAACUCUCAAUAGGAAUAAUAGUGAGUCUAGAACCUUCUCCGAGUCUAAGAUCCAGCAGCUGUUUGAGAAGUAUAAGGACGAGACUGAAGAUGCAAUUCUUUCCGAGGGCGUCGAACAACUGUGUAUUGAUCUUCAACUAAAACCUGAUGAGUUCAAGGUUCUAGUCCUAGCCUGGAAGUUCGAGGCAGAGAUGAUGUGUAGGUUUACAAGACAGGAGUUUAUCAAAGGGUGUAAAGCUCUAAAGGUGGACACUUUGAAAGGAAUUCAGAAUAAGCUCCCAGAGAUAGCAGCUGCCAUUGUAAACGAUCAUGAACUUUUUAAAGAGCUUUAUAGGUUUACUUUUAAGUUUGGUUUGGAUCAAUCCAGCGGUCAGCGUAUACUACCAGUUGAUAUGGCCGUGAGUUUGUGGUUACUAGUUUUCAGUCAGCAGGAACCUCCGAUACUCAAGAGAUGGGUUUAUUUUCUAGAAAAACAUCCACAGGUUCGAGGAAUACCCCGAGACACCUGGUUUAUGUUUCUUAAUUUCGUCCAAAGUGUUGGAAACGACCUUACACAGUACGAUGACACUGAGGCCUGGCCGAGCCUUUUCGAUGAUUUUGUCGAGUUCGAAAAUGAUCAGUUGAAUCAGAACUCGAGUGCAAUGCUAGAUCUGAACAGGGAGAGUAGUCUUACACCUUCAUGAAGAAUUUCAUAAACAAGGAGAGAAUCUUUACAGAUCCUGAACAUAUUUAUGAACAAGGAUUGUGUCCAUGCAACUCUCUUAACCUGUUCAUGAACAAGGAAGAGAGGCUUCUAACUAUUCUGAACACUUUAAUGAAAAGUGACGGUAGUCCUGAAACGUUUAUGAACAAGGAUAUUAACAUCUUAACUCUCCGAAAAUGUUCAUAAGCGAUGGAGCGUGUUCAGUGUGUUAGGAUUGUUCAAAAACAGCGAUAUAUUAAGUGAAGUUUUUACAAAACUGUGGAUUCAAAUAGUUCUGAGUUUUACAAAAGUAUACAUAUACUCUAUGCUUAAAAGUGAUAAUGGCAAGUUACACAAUGUACACCGAGUACACCACACAGUAAGUGUACAGUUAGAAAAUAUCAAUACAAAGUGAAUUACACCAUUGUACUAUAUUGAGUUGACUGUAAACUGUAAACCUAUUUAAGUUCAAUGCAAUGCAUUAAAAUCAGUAAUUACUAAGUACGGUAAAAACUGGACACUUCUCUUGAGUUUGUCAGUCUAGACGAUCUUAUUACACGAUUUUAAAAAAACAAAUUAAUCACAAUAAUUCUUCACAAAUUGUUUGUAUUUAUCUUUCAUAAAUCUGACAAAGCUUGAAAAUUAAAAUCAUAUUUUUUCUCAUUUUUCUCACGUUUCGUUUAUUCUCUUAUUAAUAUGGAGAACAUUUGGCGAACUGAAAGGGACUGGAGACGUAACUUCAAGUGGUACUCCAUUUAUAGAGUUAAAUGUUCGAUUCACAUUUGACAUAUUUUUAAUUUGUGGCUUUUCUCUCAAUUGACUUGGGAUUUCCUGGGUCAGAAACAAUGGAGGAAAGUGUAAGAAUCAAACAAUUUUCAAGCUAGAAAAACGAAGAUAUUAUCCACUCUUGAUAUUACGCCGACAGUCCUUUAAAGAUUAUUUUUAUGACCCAAUGUGAUUUAAUGUUGGUGUGUAGUUAAACUUGCCAUCAACCUUUUCAUAAUUAAUUAGGAAAACUAAUUCGAUAUAUCUUGCAAAAUAUCUAGAGCAACCAUGUUGGAAGGGAAAAGAUACGACAGCUGACACGUGAUUGUCUAGACUACCACAAUUACAGGAAAUGGACACCAUUUCCUGUAAUUGCCCCAAACUUGCAUACAAAUUCUUGCGUGUUUUUAUCAAAGCUCAGAAUACUUAGUCUGUAAGAAUUAGGAAAAAUUACCAAACCUGCUCAACUGUCUGGGAACAAACCUUAAAAUUUAAUAUUUAUUAAUGUAGACCACCAAACUUUGUUUAAAUGUUGGGGUAAAAUUCAAUUUCUGUACACAUUUUUUAAAGAUAUUUUACGCUUAAUUGUAAUAAUUUUUUGUUUGGCUGUUGUUUAUGUUGAGGCAUGGAAUAAACAAAAUAAGGAGAGAACAAUGUACAGAAUAUAUUGUAAAUUGUACAUACAUUACAAUGUAUACUGCGUACAUGAAAAAUUAGCAUAUUUUUGAAUUUUUUUUUUCAUAAUUUGUGUAUAAAACUUAAAGACAUGAUUAAACUAGCCUACAGAGUAUCUAAAAAGUAAACAAUCUCAAAUUUAAAAAUUCUUACUGUUUCUUGGAAUCUUAACUGCCCAGUUUACAAUUCUAUCCAAUAUUGGACCUGAACCUGACUUUAGAUAAGCUUGUUUGUUUUUAGAAAAUCUUGGAAUCUGAUUACGCCUGAGGGCCUGACAAGUGACUAUUCGAAGAUUUCAAUUAAACGUUUUCUUUCAUUUUUCCCGCAUGUUUUAGAAUUAGAAUUUGGCCCAAUUUUAUUGUUUUGCUUAAACCAAUAAAAGCGAAGCUUUAAGGUAAGAAAUAGCCCUCUCUUUCCACGCUUAAAGGAAUGGUAUAAAAUUAAGCAAACACUAAAUCUUAAAUCACAUAUUCAAUUUCUAUACCUUCAUUCAUUUUUGAAUUUAAUCAACAUAUCCCUAAACCUAGAUUUCCAACACGCGCAGUUUUAUGCAAAAAAAUGCGGCAUAGUAUUUUGUUCAUUAAAUGUGUUAUGUAAAAAUACUAUUUGUAUCUAAUUUGGUUGAAAAACCAGACCUUUUUAAAUUUGGAAAAAUACUUCGACUUUUCAUAGAUAUUGUUACUUGUAGAUUUUGCUACCGAUUUUUUCAAUGUAAAACCUUAUGUAGAAUUAGUAGAAGCUCAACUACAAAACAGACCAUGAAACUCUCUGCUAGUUUAGUUACCACUAUGUCCUUAUAUAAACAUAAUUUAUUUGGACCCUUGAAGAAGGGGUUUGUUUUGUUUUUGUCUUCUUAAUGUAAAUGAAAUGUAUUGUGAUAAAGAAAUGAGUAAUUCAUCCUGAAUAAAUUGUUCUGAAAUAGACACCGAAAAUUU